CAUCUCUGGUCGACGUAUGACGUAGUGCGAGAAAUUUUAACUCAAUCAUAUGCGAUAUCAAUAACAGUUGGCAAUUGAUAGCAUGCACAACUAUUUGCAAACCUUAAUAUCCGAUAUUCAGCUGCGGAACACUUGAGCCUCGCUCUUGGAAAAACGGGCUUAAUGGAUGUGCAUAAAGGAUUGCCCAAUAGAAGCAUAUGAAGUCUGCACAUGCUAAGCAGGGGCAACACUUUACUCCUUGAUUGGAUAUUCAUUUAGAAGCAGGUUUUCCUUUGAGCAUUAAUCGUCUGCAUUCUCCAAAAUGGCUCGAGGUUCAGUGCCAACUCGAGAAGUAGAACGAUUUUUGAAUUUCAUCCGAGCAGAAAAUGUUGAUGGCAAUAUCUUCAAGAGAGAUAAGGUGCGCAUUUUAUUCAAAACACGAUUUCAAAACGAACGCUCAACAGGAAAUAGAUAUUCAUUCGGUCAAAUGAUGAGACAGAUGACACAGUCCAGAAUAGCACAUGAAUUAGGCGACUAUUAUAUCUUCGGUAACGAAGUACAAGUUCUAUUUGAAAGAAUUGCGAACAAUUCGGAGUUUACGAAUACGUUAGAAGAUUGGAGAAAAACUGCUAGGAAUAAUCCGUUGUUUUGUGAGAUUUGUGGGAUCGUUUGUACGUCUGAGAGAUCGCUUGUUGAACACCAAUUAGGCAGCAGACACCGCAUUCGCAAACUGCAUGUGGACAUUUAUCAAAGGAGGACUGAGCUGAGUCGGGUUCCUGAAGGUCUGCGCCUCGAGUGCAAUCCAACCAUUCAAAAUGGAAGAAUGGAAAUGAAAUGCAAACCUGGAGAGAUUAAGACAAUGACCAUCAACAUACAGAAUUGCGUUACUGAGCAAGGUGUUGAUGUUGUCUUGCAAAGACACAUAUUUCUGUGGGACACGGGUAUGUUCACGCUGUACAUGAGGUCUGGUCGAGGGGGACAAAACCAAUGGAGUGUUUACAAUCGAACAAACUUGCAUAUUACGCCAGGUGAAACAAGGUGUUUUGAAAUCAAAGGCAAAGCUCCAUUAGAAGACUUUGGCCAUCACUAUGUUCCUUUGGCAUUAUUUUUUGUUAAGAAAUCUACAACACAACAGGGCGCAAUGAGUCGGGAAGAAAUGGAUUCGACACAAUAUAAAUUUUUAAUAUAUGUGUCCCUGCAUGUACUUGGGGAAUUGCACGAUGAAUUAGCCCCGACGUCCGUAUAUGAAAGACGCGAUAAUGUUCAAGAAUAUAGUUAUCAAGUGACAGUUCCUGGAGAACCACUUCCUGAGCACUCGAGGAACGGUUUAGCUGGCAGGUUGAAACGCGUCCCUAUUCCGCCAUAUCUGUAUAAUCAGAUAAGGAAAGGGUUUGCAAUCGUCAAUGAAAGGAUGAAAUUAAAAUCACGAUAUCUCAAAGACAUACUAGAUUGUCGCACAACAGAAGAAAAUUAUGUAACGAAGUUUCAACAUUUAUUAUGGAUUGAAGAGAUACAAUUGCACAUUGAUAUCCAACAGUAUAACAGGGCAGGCGUGACAUUAGAGCGACUUCAAAACAAGAUGCGUCUUGCGGUCCCAGGUCUUGUUGAGAAAAGACCAUCGAUUUUGCGAGGGGACCGAUUCUACAUCUACAUUUCUGACAGGCUGUCACAACGGACAGGUUACCCUGAGGAUCAGUUGAAUGUUGCCAUUGGAAACAUUGUGCUCAACAUGGAAUGCGAGGAGGAUGAACAGCGGGAUAGACGUAACGUUCGCUAUGAAGGGGUGGUUCACAAGGUUGAAUUAGAACAUGUUCUUCUUGGUGUUUCACCAAGGUUAAGAAGUUCAUGGUCAAUAGGAAAACGAUACGAUGUGGAAUUCCGAUUUUCACCGCAUAACAUGUCGGUCCAACAUCGAGCAGUCAAGCUUGCAGUCUCAUACAUGGAUAUUUUGUUUCCAGACACAGUGGGUCCACUGACUGAACAUCCGACCAUUGCUCAAAGAGAAUCGAUUAAUGGUCUAAAUCCCGAACAACAAAAGGCAGUGGAGAACAUAGUACGAGGAACCAGUCGUCCUGCUCCGUACAUCAUCUUUGGUCCGCCGGGAACCGGGAAAACUGUCACUGUUACUGGGGCCAUCAAACAGGUAUACAGCCUACAUCAAGGUAGCCGUAUUCUUGUUUGCUGUCCAGAAAACUCUGCUGCAGAUCAUAUCAUGCAGAUUCUUCUGACUACUGAUGAACCAGGCAUGACGGAAGACCUAUUCAGGAUGUAUGCUUUAUCACGACAACCUGAAACAUUGCCAGAAGGAAUAAUUGCAUCUGGGCGGCACAACUAUGAUCGGACCGGCGAGUGCUUCUUCUUUCCGACCGUUGCGACACUCAUGGGCUACCGGAUUAUUGUAACGACGCUAAUGACGGCUGGAAGAAUGGUGACAGCGAGGUUUCCUAAAAAUCACUUUACGCACGUCUUCAUUGACGAAGGUGGUCACGCGGUGGAACCAGAAUGCAUCGUGCCUAUAACGGGACUGAUGGAUCCAACAGCUGGACAUGGACGCGCACAGUUGGUGAUUGCUGGUGAUCCCAAACAGCUUGGACCAAUCAUUCGAUCAAAAAUAGCUUUGAACUUUGGUUUGCCUAUUUCUUUAAUGGAGAGACUGAUGGACGAUAUCACGAUGUACAAGACCCCAUACAAUCCACGCUACAUCACCAAACUUAUCCGCAAUUACCGGUCACAUGACAUGAUUCUUGAAAUCCCACGACGACUGUUUUACGACAACGAGCUUCAGGCCUUUGGUGAUCCAAAAGUCCUUAACUGCAUGCUAGGCUGGGAUAUGUUGCCAAACAGCAAGAUUCCCAUUAUGUUCCACUCAGUGUUUGGAACAGAGGAACAGGAGGGCGACAGUCCAUCGUGGUUUAACAGAGAUGAAAUCGCCCAGAUAGACAUGUAUCUGACUAAACUUCUGUCAAACACACACCACCACCUAAAACCCUCAGAUAUUGGAAUCAUAGCUCCUUACAAAAAACAGGUUGCCAAGAUAAGACGAAUGCUGAUAGCUAAUAGACAUAUUCUGAACCAGAACGAAAUAACUGUCGGAUCAGUUGAAGAAUUCCAAGGUCGAGAGUUCAAGGUCAUUAUCAUAUCCGGCGUACGCAGUGAUAUGAAUGCUUCCUACACGGACAUAGACUAUGUUUUCAAUCUUGGCUUCAUGCGUAACCCGAAGCGCUUCAAUGUUGCCAUGACACGUGCUCGUGCACUGCUUAUUGUGAUUGGAAACCCCAUAACGCUGGAACAGGACGAUUGUUGGAAAACAUUUAUUGACUAUUGUGACGAGAACAAUGCAUUCAAAGGACCGCGUCCUCGACGUAACAACAGAAGAAAUAACACCGAUUCUGCAGCAACGAGUACACCGAUCAUCGAUGACGUUUCGAGUCACCAUGCCGUCAGCAGAGCAUAAGGAUUGACGGACUAAUUAGCGGUUGAUACUGUGUACGGAUCGGACAAAAUAGUUUGUGUCCAUGUUUUCCGAGUCUUUGUAGUAUGUUUCAAAAUAUGCAAAUUUUAACGUGUUGCUUGAAAUGCAUUGUAUAUUUGUUUUUAAUAUCCUCUUAAAUAAUCAAUUUUGAUUGUAAUAAUCAACAUAAACAGUGUUUCAAUCACAAGCAUAUCUUAAUAGUAAUCCAAUAUUCAAAUAUAUUGAACUCAUUACGACUUGUUUAGAUUGACCUUAUAAUUACGUUAUAUUUUUCACGCUGUGAACUCUUAAAUUGUAUCAAAGUUAACCAUUAAUACGUCAAUAAUGAUUAUCAGCAAUAAAUGCAUUAUGAAUUUCUGCAAUAGGUUGAAAAUGAAACUAUUUAUUAGCCAAAAAUGAUUCUUCAAAUAAUCUUGGUAAAUAUUAUUGUUUUCGUAUAUUUGAUCUUGACGAUCUUGUGCAGCAACUGAUGCAUAUGCUCGUAUCUUUAAACACGCUAAGUAAAUGUAUAGAUAAGUUACCACGCUGUUUGCGUCCGCAUUAAAAUCGAUCACUGAUUGUUAACUUGAGGAUGGUUUUUACGGAAGCUCUUAACGGAUACGGCUUGUGAUCAAAUCAAAACGGUUCAAUUUAUUUUAACCUCCUUGAAAAUGUUUUUAUAACUUUAUUUAUUUCAUUGAAUUUAAAUAUAAAUAUUAAAGUUUUCUCGUUACUCAGAUAUCUUGUACAGAUGUAUCAAAGAAGUAUAUUAGCAUUAAGUUUUAGCAGAUCCUUCAAUAUCCUAUUAAGUGUGCUUCGUAUUCGGCAAAUCUGGUGUUUAAAUGAGACGCAAAUCUAACAGGCCAUAUGUUACACACAUAAUUUAAAUGAUUUUUUUUAUGAUUUGUAUUGAUUAUUUAGUUAAUUUGCAGGUAAUUACAAGACCUGCGUUAAUUUUUCGCAACUCACUUGUGUAAUUUUAAACAGUGUUGCUGACUAUGUAUUUCAUUGGACAAUUCACUUAAAUGUAUUUUCCUUUGCCUGAUAAUGUGACAUAAGAAAGUUGAAUCCGAAUAUGAAGAAGUUAUAAUUGUCAUAUAUGUGCUUGUACACAUUUGCAUAAUCUUGUAAUAAAAUAACACGGAUAAUC